AUGGAGGACGGAGCGGAGUACGGCCAUCCAGCAGCAGCAGCAGCAGCAACGCCGCACCACAUGCAACCCCACCAUCACCAUCAGCAACUGCCGAAGGACCUGUCGCACCAUCAUUACCAACCGCACCAUCGCAACAGUGCCGCACCGCAGGCCUCCCAUCAUGCCAAGCUGCAGCCAGCGGGCGCCCCGAUCGGCCGCGAGCAGCAGCCGGCGGCGGCGGCGACGACGCCGCUGCAGAACUCCCCUUCUUGGUACCCGGGGACGACCGGUGGAACGCUCCGUUCGGCCGGAUCCGGUCGGCGGGCGUCCUACGGUCACACCCACUACCAGCAAGCCAGCGCGUUGUCCCUGCCGCCACCAUCGUCGUCGGCAGCCCACUAUCAUCAGGUUGAUGUGGCCGACAACCUUUCGAUUGGUAGUGGCCAUUCAGCCAGUGGCCAGCGGUACAUGGGGGAAAAAGGACCGCCGCAUCACCAGCGGUCACCAGCCGUCGGUAGCGAGGGUCGAGUGGGAAGCAGCACCUCCCCCGCCACCGCCGGGGUGCUGAUCGAUCGGAGCGGCAGUACGGACCGGUUCGGGGCACUUGAGGACCCACUCAGUACCAGCUGCCUGCAGCCGCCAUCUCCGGCGCCCAGCAACGAUCACUACAGCGUGAUGGGACUUCCGGGCCCUUCGGGUCCCACCCACCACGGCCACUACUCCGACCGGCACUAUAGCACCAUCCAGCGCCGGACGGCCAGUCCAUCAAACGUCAGAUAUCGCCACAGCUUGACGGACAGCUACCGGGACAUGUCGCCGCAGUGCGAUCGGUACAUAGCGCCACCGGCUCACUUCCUGGCCGCCGCCGCCACCGACACCUACGGGUACCUGGGAGCGAACGUGCACACCCCGAUCAAGCGCUACGUGCCGACGCCGCCACCCCAGGAACCGACUUACCACCCGGCGCACCAGUCGGGGCCGAGCGCCAAAACGCAGGCGGCACUUAUGAACGCGCUCCUCGGGCACGGUGGUGGCGGUGGGGCCGCGGCGAUGCGCACGGUGCCCCAUCAUCCGGCGGCGCAGUACGCGUACGCCACCAGCACCCUGCCGUACGGGUUCCGGGUGAAGGCGACAACGAGUGCCAACAACGAGCCCACCACCACCAUAUCGCCUCCCAAGGGCUUCGAAACGCCCGACCCGUACGCCCCCAGCAACAGCAGUAGCACCGCCGCACCGCCAGCCCGUGUUCGACCCCCCAAGUGCCCGUCUUCCCUCGUGGCCCACACGUCGACCCUUCCACAUGCGGCGUCCCACGGCGGUGGUUCGCGGAGCAGCAGCAGCACCGGCCGACACUCGCAGGUUGGAGUUGCCCCGCCAGCGGCGGCAUCCACUGGUCCCCGCCACAUGUCGCGCACCUCGAGCGCCGAGUUUCUGGACCAACCGCGCACCAUGUACCGCGUCUCGACGCCCGUCAGUGUGAUGAGUGAACCGGGCGGGGCGGGGCGCGACGCCAGUGCAUCCUGUCUUCAUUGCAACACAUUGCGGCGCACGACUGGCGUACACCAGACGACGCAAACAACGGGACCGAUCAGCCCGCAGCCGACCGCUCCGGAGUUGCCGGCAAAUGGCGGCUCGGUUCCGAUCAGUCCGGCAUCCCUAACCUCACCACAACAGCACACGAGCCAGCUGUCAAUGCAGCACCAACUGUCAUCGUCGUACGCUGCGGCACAACAUCCGGUGCACCAGCUGCAGCACUCCCAAUCGCACACGCUCCCACCGAGCGUGGCCACGGCACACUCCUCUUCCCACUCCCAGACGUACGACAACCUGCACGACGGGCCGCAGCUGGGAGAUGGGCCGUGCGCCGUCGACCGGGACAUCGCCACGAUGCCCCGGAACAAACACCAGCCGUUCGUCGGAGCGGCCACACCCUCGUCGAUGGAGAGCAUCCUUAGCGCGUCGAGCAGCAGCCGGACGAUGCUCAUCCAGCAACAGCAACAACCGCAAUACAGCAACAUCCCGCAGCACCAACCAUCGCCACCAGCACCACCUCUACAACCGUUACCACCGCAACAACCGAUCGCAGCACCCACAGCACAGCAAUCAGUACCACCGCAGCAAGCCCCUCUCGCUACAAGCCCCCAGCAGCAGCAGCACCACCCGGUGGCCGAACCGCCACAGCAGGCGUCGGUGCCACAGCAACCCGCAUCGCCUCCGCUGAUGCCGGCACCACCAUCACCCGCGAUCGCUCCGUACGUCGCGCCGCACCCGCUGCUCCCGAUGGUGGCCCAUCCGGCGUCGCUGAACGAUUCGCCGGCGUCGACGCUGCAACGCAGCAGCAACGCGCAGCUCCUGCGCAUCCCGCAGUCGAACCUGUCGUGCAAGCAGCGCCUCAAGGAGUACGUCCGCCGGGAGGCGGCCAAAUUCUUCGGCAUCCUGCCGGCGGCCGCCGACGAAGAGUACGAGCGGAACAAGUGGACCGACCGGCAGCGCCGUUUCGCCUGCCGGCGCUUCGGAGCGCUCCGGGACGACGCGGACGAUCCGAAUGGCGGUCUCGGUGGUGGCGCCGGUGGCCCCGGUGGUGCUGUGCACCAGCGGGACAAUGGGCUGCCACCGUCGGAUCGGCCCGACAUUCUGCCGGCCCAGAGCCAGGACGAGCGCGAAACGGAGCUAAGCCGGCGGCAGCGUGCCAGUCCGCACUUUGCCCAGGGCGGACACGAGCGUGACGCGGCCGGGGGUGAGGUGUAUCUGGUGCGUGCCGAGCGGAAACCCUCCGUACCGGCCGUCCUGUACGGGGGGCUGAGCUUCGUCGUGCAGAGCGUCACCCGGCGCCGGCUCCGGACGCACAAGCAGUGGUCGCGUAGCUUUGCACCGGCUCACGUCGAGCUGAGCGGGGCCGACGGGCCGUCCGAGCACUGUGACGGGUUGGCCCCGAUAGCGGACGGGGAGGCGUUUUUCGAUACGCCCACCGCGGUGUCCGGCCCGGGAAUGGUGGCGUCGGCCGUCGGUGGCGGCCCAGGCGGAUUGAUGGCACCGGCCCAUGAUAACAACUCCCGGCAGCUGUUCGUGUCCGACGGUGACCGGACGACCGGCAGUGGCAUCAUCAAUGGGUGGCGCACAAAGUCCUCGGAACUUCACCAUCACCACCAGCAGCAGCAGCAGGCCGGUGGCCAGGGUGCGGGUCAGCAGCAGCAGCAGAACCACGCGGAACCGGCCGCCAGUAUGGUGUACGGGCAGCGCAUUUCGGCCAACAUUCUGGACGGGGUGCUGGACAAUUCGCUGCGCCCGGUGCGCAACCGAGUGAAGCUGCUGCGGCCGAACCUGCUCGACGAGCGGUACGACUACCGGCCGUUCUUCACAUACUGGGUCAACACGGUGCAGAUCGUGGUGAUGGUGCUGUCGCUGAUCUGCUACGGGUUCGGUCCGAUCGGCAUCGGCAUGGAGUACCGGUCGGCCCAGGUGCUGGUGACAAGUUUGAGCUUACAGCAGGUCCAUCACCAGGAGCCACGCAACAUCUGGAUCGGACUGCGGAGCGCCGACCUGAUACACCUCGGUGCCAAGUACGGGGCCUGCAUGCGCCGCGACGCCAAGAUAAUGGACGUGGUGUCGCGGACCCGGAAGCACGAGCGGGAGACCGCGUGCUGCAUACGGAACGAUGACUCUGGCUGCGUGCAGAGCUCCCAGGCGGACUGCUCGAUCCGUGGUUGGCCAUCGACGAUUGCGACGUGGAAAAAGUGGUCCCCAGGUGAGUCGGGACCGGGCGGCCGCAUCUCGGGCAGUGUCUGCGGGCUCGACCCGAAGUACUGUGACGCGCCGGCGUCGAUUGCGCCGCACGAGUGGCCCGACGACAUCACCAAGUGGCCGAUCUGCCGGAAGAACAAUCAGCUGUCGCAGCGCUUCCGCUUCAAGGACCACACGGCCGAGCACAUGGUGUGCGAGGUGAUCGGCCACCCGUGCUGUAUCGGCGUGUACGGCGAGUGUCGCAUCACGACCCGAGAAUACUGUGAUUUCGUCAACGGGUACUUUCACGAGGAGGCCUCUCUCUGCUCGCAGGUCUCGUGUUUGAAUGAUGUCUGCGGCAUGUUUCACUUCAUGGCCGCCGACUACCCGGACCAGUUCUACCGUCUCUUCACGUCGCUGUGUCUGCACGCCGGCCUGAUCCAUCUGCUGGUCAGCGUGGCCUUCCAGCACGUGCUGCUGGCCGAUCUGGAACGGCUGGUCGGCCCGCUGCGGACCGCCAUCCUGUACAUUGGGUCGGGCAUCGCCGGAAACCUCACGAGUGCAAUCUUUGUGCCGUACAAGGCGGAGGUUGGACCACUGCCGUCGAUAGCGGGCGUACUGGCAUCGCUAAUGCUGCAGCUGGUGCUGUGCCACUGGAAGAGCUUGAAAAAACCACACAUAGCUAUGAUUAAAUUACUAAUUCUGGGCUGCACCCUGUUCGGGCUGGGGACACUGCCACUGCAGCAGAACUUUACCGGGCUGAUCGCGGGCCUGCUGACCGGUAUCUGCCUCACGCUGGCUAUCGUACCGUUCGUGAACGUCACGAAACAUAGUCGUAAGAGUAAGAUCAACCUCAUAUGGACGUGCGUGACGCUGCAGUUCCUGCUGUACGCCGUAAUGUUCAUCAUCUUCUACGCCUUCCCGGCGCUGUUCGAAUCGCUUAACUUCAUCGACGGGAACCAGCUGAUGGAUCCGAACGCGGGCCACGGUUACCACGACCACUACAGUCUGUACGAUGGGUACAACAACUACAAUCCGCUCGGGCCCGGCUCCGGGCACACCGGCGGGGGCCAUGGUCACGGCCAUGGGGCCAAUGGCGCCGGUCCGGGUGGUAGCCCUACUGGCGGUCCCGGUAAAAUCGGCACGUACAACAAUAACAACAUCUACAAAACUUCCGGCGGCAACGUAAUGCACAAUCAUCACGACUACACGGCCGGUGGUGGCGGUGGCGGAAACGUUAUCAGCAUGUCGGGUGGGGCGACCCGGAACAGUGGGCCGGGGGGCCGGACCGCGGUGGGCAACAAUCUCCUGAAGACGAUCAGUCUCUGCGAGAAGGGCCAGUGCGUGCUGCGGCAACCGCGGCACGCGGACACGAAUGCCUGA